AUGUCUUCCUCCAUCCUUCACCAGUGUCCAUUCUGUGGUCAUGUAUCUGAUAUCUCUCUUUCCUUGGCUGCCUUCAUCGAGAACCCGCACUGCAUUCAGUGCGGUCUCUCGGUCUCCGAAAGCAACGGAAAGUUGCAAGACGAGCUAGCGGCCUUGUUUGAUCGACAAAUGGCCAUAGAAGCGCCCCCCGAGCCCCAACCCCUUUCCUACAGCGUCUCGCAGCACUAUCACCAUUCCACCCAUGUAAUUUCUUCCCCGAACCCUCCACCACAAGCCACAGAUCCGACCCCAAUAGAGAUCCUACAACAGCAUGGUCUCGACCCCGCUACGAUGUUACCCCGCCAGUUGGAUCUGUUCACGAACGCAGACGUCGAACAGAGACAGCGCUUGACCCAAACGUGGCAGCUCUACGCCAGAUCCGCCGGAACUUUGACAGAUUCGAAUGCAGUAUUCACCGGAGAAGACCUUCGGAUGAAUGAUCUACAAGCAGAGGUAGAGCCGUAUAUGGUUUCCGGCUAUCAGACACACCCGCAGCCCACGGAACCUACCACAGGACAGCCGUAUGCAUCGGCAACAGACCCGGUGUACAAGACUCAGCAUUGGUGGGAAAUGGCUGAAAAACAGCCGAUGGAGUCACAGUACGGGGAAUUUCAAGAGAGAAGCCGAUACGAUGCAGGCAGUGGCUUUACCCAGCCGUCCUUGUUUCAUUAG